GAAAAUCCGAGUCCGUCCCUUUGAAAAAAGACGGACAAUUUUCGAGUCCUGUUGAACUGAACGACAACAACUGGGCUUUCUUCUUCUCGGGCGCACAAGAUUGGCUGUAUAUCACUUUACGGUCGCAGCCACAGCGAGUAAGAACGCAGCAGUAGAUCUCAUCUGUCUGCUCGACUGCUGCCGGAAUCUGUUCCCGAAAUAAGCACUCUGAAACGCUUAGUCGCACACGCGCGCAACACACACACACCAUGGCGGCUGGAAACCACGCUCAUGCAGGCACGCAUCACCACCACCACCACCAUCACUCCGCGAUCCCUGGUGAAAUUCCCGUCCCCCACGGACCUGUUGCCGACGAGGAGAGCGACGACAGCUCCUCCGACCAACAACAGAACCAGCCGGACGACGCACACGAUGUCCUCGCCGGCACCAAUGCCCACGAGCGCCGCAUCUUCAGCCAUGUAACUCGCCCGGAUGACAGCUACGACGCCGAUGGCACCUACUGGGCCGACAUGCCCCUCGCGCGUCGCGUGCGCUUCGUCUCCAAGGUCGACGCCGCCGCCGCGCACGAGGAGCUCUCCACCAUUGGCGGCAUGGUCAAGAAGGACCCUCUGUCCCCCAUCUCCUGGUACUUCCGCAACGCUGUCAUUCCCGGUGCCGGUCUUGGUCUCGAGGGCUACGUCCUUUUCUCCAUUGGCAAUCUCGAGCCGCUCUUUGCCAAGGUAUGGCCGGCCUGCUGGGACACCAACGAGGUCUGCUCCAAGAACUGGGUCGCUAGUGUCACCUACCUCGAGAUCAUUGGCAUCAUGGUCGGCCAGGCCGCCGUCGGCGUCAUUGGCGACUGGGUCGGUCGUCGCUGGGGCCUGAUCCAGGACGCUCUCAUCAUGCUCAUCGGUCUUCUCAUGCUCACCGCCAGCUGGGGCCUGACGCUCCAGGGCUGGGUCAUCUGCUACGCCUGGUCGCUCUUCUUCUAUGGUCUGGGCGUCGGCGGCGAGUACCCCAUCACGGCCACCUCGUCUCUCGAGAAUGCCGUCGCCUCGGGCAAGUUGUCCACGCGCGAGGAUCGCCUGCACCGCGGUCGCCGCGUCACCACCGCCUUCCUCAUGCAGGGCUGGGGCCAGUUCGUCAACCAGGUCGUCCUCAUCGUCCUCCUCGUCAUCUUUAACUCAGGCAACGGCGGCCCGCCCUACUCCCAGUCGGCGGCCCAGUACGCCUUCCGCCUGUCCUUUGCCUUCCCCGCCAUUGGCACCCUGUGGCUCGUCUACUACCGUACCUGGAAGAUGCCCAACGCCAGCAAGAAGCUCGCCGAGGCCAAGUCGCGCCGCAAGGUCACCGGCUACGACGUCAACUCCCUCAAGUAUUGCUUCAAGCACUUUGGCGGUCGUCUGCUCGCCACCGCCGGUACCUGGUUCUGCAACGACGUCUUCUUCUACGGCAACAAACUCUUCCAGGGCCAGUUCAUCAAGGUCAUCUCCAGCAACCCGGACUCCCUCAUGACCACCUGGACCUGGAACCUCGUCAACAUCACCGUCUCCCUCGCCGGCUACUACCUCGCCGCCCUCCUCAUCGACAACAAGUUCUACGGCCGCAAGAUGAUGCAGCAGGUUGGCUUCUUCAUGUGCUUCCUCAUGUUCGUCAUCCCCGCCUUCAACUUUGAGUACUACACCUCCCCGGCCGGCAUCCACUCCUUCCAGGCCAUGUACUUUAUCAGCUCCUUCUUCAACCAGUUCGGCCCCAACUCGGUCACCUUCCUCGUCGCCGGCGAGGUCUUCCCCACGCCCGUCCGUGCCACCGCCCACGGCUUCAGCGCCUGCUUCGGCAAGGCUGGCGCCCUGCUCGCCAGUGUGCUCUACAACUACAUUGACAACCAGACAAAGUUCUACGUCGUCCCCUGGUUCGGCCUCGCCGGCAUGCUCCUCACUCUCCUCUUCCUCCCCGACACCACCGGCCUCGACCUCAAGGAGCAGGAGCGCCGCUGGAGCUACAUCGUCAAGGGCAAGAGCCACGAGUACCACGGCGUCGCCGUCCACCCCCAGCACCUGUCCCUCUGGGAGCGCCUCCGCGGCGAGGGCAAGCACUACGACGCCGAGAAGGACUGGCGGACCAAGAUUGACGACAUGCGCAAGGAGUGGGAGGACGUCCGCGAGGCCAUGGGCCCCAAGGAGCACGAGAAUGCCGACCACACGAACAGCGGUAUGCCCGAAGACGGCGAGUUCUCGCCUGAGAUCCACGACUACUUUGUUCGCUCCAGUCCCAAGGGCCCCCGCCCUGCACCCGAAGGUGUUCUGAACGAGAAGGGUUCGUCGUCUGGCGGAACCAGCAGUUAAUAAGGUUGCGACAGAGAUUUUGUAUAGUUUAAAGCAUAACGCAUUGAGGAAAAAAAAAAGAUACCCAUUAUGUUCAUGAUAUAUAUCCAUUGCGCCUUUCUGCAGCCUAUGAGUGUCUAGGCAGUGUAAUUCCUGAUCUCAUCAUUAAAACAUAUGCCGAGCAGAGAGCCCCGGAUGGAAGUAUCUGCAUACGCAAAAGCAAAAACUAGGUCCGUUAACCGCACAACGCCAUUCCUCCCAGUGGUAUCAAGGGUGAUCCCCAGCGGAAAUAAAAGGGGGAGCCAAAGUAAAUAAACCCCCAAAGCGACAGAU